AUGGAGAGCUUCCAGAAAUUCAUUUUACUUCCUCUCAUCUUAACUGCCUCGCUACCAGAUCUUGGCUUUUGUUACUCUAUUAUAAGUGGCCCUACUAAUGCAACAGUCCUUGCUGGUUCAGAAGCCCGGUUUAACUGCACUGUGUCGGUGGGAUGGGUAAUUCUCAUUUGGCUGUCCAAUGGAAAUCCUGUCCUCACUGUCAUCAAUUCUCAAGGACCUGUUGAAACAUCAGACCGCUUCACUUCUCAGAAUUAUACCAGUAGCAAUGAGUUUACCUCGGAGCUGAUCAUCCACAACACCCAGCUGAGCGAUUCCGGAAAAAUUGAAUGCAGCACCCAGUCAUCUAGUGAGAGCAGCUUUGCGUUUCUUUCUGUUCAAGUUAAUGGAUCUUUAUUCAUCAAAAAUAACACCUUAACAGUAAAAGAGAACAAAACAAUUGAAAUUGUUUGUGAAGCCUUAGGAUGGGCUCCAGCUCCAGACAUUACCUGGAUGACCAAUGACUCUUUCAUUGAUAAGUCGAGGUAUGUUACCCAGCAAAGUCAAGGAUCUAAUGACCUCCACAAUGCCCUGAGCAUCCUAACUUUGACUCCAACGGACAGUGAAAUUUUGACUUGUUUAGCUGACAUAGAAGCACUCCCUAACCCUCAGAAUGCAACUAUAACUGUUGUUGUUGUCAACUCUACUAUAGAAAAUUAUUACAGUGAAGACAGCAGAAGCACGUGGGUUAUCGUACUUGCAGUUGUGCUCUCACUUGUUGGUAUUAUUCUUCUGAUCAUUAUUAUUGCGGUUGUUGUACGCUGCUGCUGCCUAAAGAAGAAAGGAUCUACUUAUCAAAAUGAAAUAAGGUAA